AUGGAGAAAGCCGGGGACGAGAGACCUCAAAUCCCUGAACAGUCUGUCCUGGCCACUCUGAGUGACCCACAUGUGACCCUGCUGGCUGCCCACAAGCGGUGGUCCUUCAGGAGGAGCCCUGGGACCAGGGGCUCUGCCACACCGGGGUCCUCAAAGGAAGUGUCUUCCCCAGCAGGGGAGGGAGAAUGUCCACAGAAGGUUUUGAGUGGAACCCAGGAAAUUGCUUCCAACCAGAUCCUAUCUGGACUUUGUUUGUCUGGUCAUGUCCGGGAUCCGGCGAUGAAGCAUUUUGCCUUUGAUAACAUUGGCUAUGACAGUAGUGUGGAUGGUAUGUCCCCUCCUUCUCAGAUGGCCACCGGCACAAUCAGCAUUCUGGGCAUGACUUGCCAGUCAUGUGUCAAGUCGAUCGAAGACAGGAUUUCCGGUUUGAACGGUGUUGUGAGCAUUAAGGUUUCCCUGGAACAGAGCAGCGCAUCUGUGAGGUACAUGCCGUCGGUCAUGAGCCUACAGCAGCUCUGCAGCCACAUCGAGGGCAUGGGCUUCCAGGCCAGUGUCUCCGAAGGAAAGGCCGCCUCCUGGCCCUCCCGCUCCUUAUCUACCGGGGAGACAGUGGUCAAACUUCGGGUGGAAGGCAUGACCUGUCAGUCCUGCGUCAACUCCAUAGAGGGCAAGAUUGGGAAACUACAGGGUGUCGUGCGAGUCAAAGUCUCACUGAGCAAUCAGGAAGCGGUCAUCACCUAUCAGCCUUACCUUAUUCAACCCGAAGACCUCAGGGACCAUGUCAGUGACAUGGGAUUUGAAGCUGCCAUCAAGACCAAAACGGCUCCAUUGAGCCUAGGGCCAAUCGAUAUUGGACGAUUACAAAGCUCUAACCCAAAGAGACCUUCAACUCCUUCUCACCUGAGUCUCCAUCAUUCUGAGAACCCAGGCGGCCAAGGGAGCCAUGGGGCCACCCUGCAACUGACAGUGGAUGGAAUGCACUGUAAAUCUUGUGUCCUCAAUAUUGAAGAAAACAUAGGCCAACUCCCGGGCGUUCAAAGUAUUCAAGUGUCCUUAGAAAACCGAACUGCUCGUGUACAGUUUGAGCCAUCUCUCAUCACCCCAGCGGCCCUGCAGAAGGCCAUUGAGGCCCUUCCACCAGGGAACUUUAAAGUUUCACUUCCUGAUGGUGCAGGAGGAAGUGGCACAGAGUGCCUGCCAGACGCUAGCCCUUCCGAGUGCCAUGCCUCUGGCUCUGCCCAGCGAAACCUGGACGCUGGGGUGCUCAGUACUGUGGUGCUCACCAUUGCUGGUAUGACCUGCACUUCCUGUGUCCAGUCCAUUGAGGGCACCAUCUCUCAGAAGGAAGGGGUGCAGCAGAUAACAGUCUCUCUAACGGAAAGUACUGGGACCAUUCUUUUUAACUCCACUCUAGUUAGUGCAGAAGAACUCAGAGCUGCUGUAGAAGACAUGGGAUUUGAGGCUUCUGUCAUCACUGAAACUUGUUCUAACAACCAUGCUGGAAGCCACGGUGCUGAGAAUUCCACGGUGCAAGCGAUGGGUGGCGCGUCUGCAUCUGGGCAGGAAGUGACUCCCCCUGCUACGGACCUUUCACAAAACCAUAGCCCUGGCCACUUGUCCGGCGUACCGCAGUCCUCUGAAACAGUGGCACCUCAGAAGUGCUUCCUAAAGAUCGGGGGCAUGACUUGUGCAUCCUGUGUGUCCAACAUAGAGAGGAAUCUGCAGAAAGCACCUGGCAUUCUGUCCGUGCUGGUCGCCUUGAUGGCCGGCAAAGCUGAAGUCAAGUAUAAUCCGGAAAUCAUCCAGCCCCUGGAAAUAGCUCAGCUCAUCGAGAACAUGGGCUUUGAGGCCGCAGUCAUGGAAGACUACACAGGCUCAGAUGGCAACAUUGAGCUGAUAAUCACAGGGAUGACCUGCGCCUCUUGUGUUCACAACAUAGAGUCCAGGCUCACCAGGACACAUGGCAUCACCUAUGCCUCGGUGGCCCUUGCCACUAGCAAAGCCCACGUUAAGUUUGAUCCAGAAAUUAUCGGUCCACGGGAUAUUGUAAAAAUCAUUGAGGAAAUUGGCUUUCAUGCUUCCAUGGCGCCGAGAGACCCCAACGCUCAUCACUUGGACCACAAGCUGGAAAUAAAGCAGUGGAAGAAGUCUUUUUUAUGCAGCCUGGUGUUCGGCAUUCCCGUCAUGGGUUUAAUGAUCUAUAUGCUGGUCCCCAGCCACGAGCCGCACGAGCCCAUGGUCCUGGACCAGAACAUCAUCCCAGGACUGUCCAUCCUGAACCUCAUCUUCUUCAUCCUGUGUACCUUUGUGCAGUUCCUUGGUGGCUGGUAUUUCUAUGUCCAGGCCUACAAGUCUCUGAAACACAGGACAGCCAACAUGGACGUGCUCAUCGUGCUGGCCACAAGCAUCGCCUACGCCUACUCCCUGGUGAUCCUGUUGGUGGCCAUGGCUGAGAAGGCCGAGCGGAGCCCGGUGACCUUCUUUGACACGCCCCCCAUGCUCUUCGUGUUCAUCGCCCUGGGCCGGUGGCUGGAACACGUGGCGAAGAGCAAAACCUCAGAAGCCCUUGCCAAACUCAUGUCUCUCCAAGCCACAGAAGCCACUGUCGUGACUCUUGGUGAGGACAACAUCAUCAUCAGAGAGGAGCAAGUACCCAUGGAGCUGGUGCAACGUGGCGAUAUCAUCAAGGUGGUCCCCGGGGGGAAGUUUCCAGUGGAUGGGAAAGUUCUGGAAGGCAAUACCAUGGCUGAUGAGUCCCUCAUCACAGGGGAAGCUAUGCCGGUCACCAAGAAGCCCGGGAGCACCGUGAUUGCGGGCUCUAUCAACGCCCAUGGCUCUGUGCUCAUCACGGCCACCCAUGUGGGCAAUGACACCACUUUGGCUCAGAUUGUGAAACUCGUAGAAGAGGCUCAGAUGUCGAAGGCACCCAUUCAGCAACUGGCUGACCGGUUUAGUGGAUAUUUUGUCCCAUUUAUCAUCAUCAUUUCCACUUUGACGUUGGUGGUAUGGAUUAUAAUCGGUUUUGUCGAUUUUGGUGUUGUACAGAAAUACUUUCCUAUCCCCAAUAAGCACAUCUCCCAGGCCGAGGUCAUCCUCCGCUUUGCCUUCCAGACGUCCAUCACCGUGCUGUGCAUCGCCUGUCCCUGCUCCCUGGGCUUGGCCACACCCACGGCGGUCAUGGUGGGCACUGGGGUGGCCGCACAAAACGGCAUCCUCAUCAAGGGAGGCAAGCCUCUGGAGAUGGCGCACAAGAUCAAGACCGUGAUGUUUGACAAAACGGGCACCAUUACCCACGGGGUCCCCAAAGUCAUGCGAGUCCUCCUGCUUGUGGACGUGGCUGAGCUGCCCCUCCGGAAGGUUCUUGCUGUGGUGGGCACUGCUGAGGCCAGCAGCGAGCACCCUCUGGGCGUGGCAGUCACCAAGUACUGUAAAGAGGAGCUGGGAACAGAAACCUUGGGAUACUGCACAGACUUCCAGGCAGUUCCAGGCUGUGGGAUUGGCUGUAAAGUCAGCAAUGUGGACGGCAUCCUGGCUGCAAAGGAGAAGGCUGGGCACCUGAGUGGCAUUGGCAGCAUGCCCGCUGAGAAAGACGCAGUCCCCAAGACCUUCUCUGUGCUGAUCGGGAACCGGGAGUGGAUGAGGCGCAAUGGCUUGACCAUCUCCAGCGAUGUCAGUGACGCCAUGGCUGACCAUGAAAUGAAAGGACAGACGGCCGUCUUGGUGGCUAUCGACGGUGUCCUCUGCGGGAUGAUCGCCAUCGCGGACGCGGUCAAGCAGGAGGCAGCGCUGGCCGUGCACACGCUGAAGAGCAUGGGUGUGGAUGUGGUUCUCAUCACAGGGGACAAUCGGAAGACGGCCCGAGCCAUCGCCACCCAGGUGGGCAUCAGCAAGGUCUUUGCUGAGGUGCUACCUUCCCACAAGGUGGCCAAGGUCCAGGAGCUCCAGAACAAAGGGAGGAAAGUCGCCAUGGUGGGAGAUGGGGUCAAUGACUCCCCAGCUUUGGCCCGGGCAGACGUGGGCAUUGCCAUUGGGACUGGCACAGAUGUGGCCAUUGAGGCAGCUGACGUCGUCCUCAUCCGAAAUGACUUGCUUGACGUGGUUGCUAGCAUUCACCUUUCCAAGAGGACCGUCCGCAGGAUACGCAUCAACCUGGUCCUGGCGCUGAUCUACAACCUGGUCGGGAUCCCCAUCGCAGCGGGUGUCUUCAUGCCCAUCGGCAUCGUGUUGCAGCCCUGGAUGGGCUCGGCGGCCAUGGCAGCCUCCUCUGUGUCCGUGGUGCUCUCGUCCCUGCAGCUGAAGUGCUAUAAGAAGCCAGACCUGGAGCGGUACGAGGCGCAAGCCCAGGGCCGCAUGAAGCCCCUGACCCCGUCCCAGGUCAGCGUGCACAUCGGUAUGGACGACCGGCGGCGCGACUCCCUGCGAGCAGCACAGUGGGACCAGGUCAGCUACGUCAGCCACGUGUCGCUGUCCUCACUGACCUCAGACAGGCUGUCCCGGCGCAGCGGUGCAGGUGAUGACAGGGGAGACAAGUGGUCUCUGCUUCUGAGUGACAGGGAUGAGGAGCAGUACAUUUAA